UUUCUCUCUAGUCUUAGAGUUUAGUUGUCAGGGAGUGAGAGAGCUCCCAUAUGGAGUUGGGACAGUUUGAGGAGUGUGUCGUGUGUCUUUCAUAAACAAUGUGCCUGCGGUUUCUCUGUCUGUAACUUAGACCUGUACCGCUCCUGGACCGGGUUUAGUCCAGCAUGGGGAUGGCGAGUUUUUCCCCUCUAAACUACACGGAAAAGUAUUGGCUUCAGAUUUGGGACUUGGCUCCGGCUGAGGCGUCUGUGACUUAUUAAUCUGCAGGAUUUCUGUGUUAAACAUGACCCUGUGCAGUAGUUAAGAUCUCGAGCUCAAACUUUUAUUACCUGCGAGUGGAAGACUAAAUAAGAAAGAAAGAAAGAACGUUCAUGCGCGCGGACUGGAGAAGCAAGCGAGCACGAAGGAAGAGUGCGUAACUAGUUCAACUAUUUCAACUAGUAUUCUACAGUAACAUGGAGAAGUUUAACAUGAACAGUGGAGGUGGAGACGGGGAGCGGGAUCUGGACAUCCAGAGGCACCUGGCGGAGUGCGGUGAAGCCGGGGAGCCGCUGCGGGAGAACGGGAAAGCCGGAAACGGCCAGAGUCGAACCGUGACACGGGCUCACAGCUCCAGCCCUAGGAUGCUGGUCGGUUUGGACAUCUUGUGUCUGAUUGUUGCCUCUAUCCCUUUCUUUGCGUGCGAGUUGAAGACAGUGAAGCCGUAUAAACGGGGCUUCUUCUGCAAAGACGAGAGCAUCACUUACCCCAAACUGGAGACGGAGGUGAUCCCAGACAGCGUGCUCAUCACUGGAGGAAUCAUCAUUACAGGCCUAACCAUCGCCCUGGCCGAGUGUUACUGUGUGCGAUCCCGCCGUGUGAACUCCCGCGCCUUCAUACGGAACCCUUACAUCUCCUCCCUCUACAAAGAGCUGGGCAGCUUCCUGUUCGGCUGUUGCAUCGGCCAAUCGCUGACCAACAUGGCCAAGCUGAGCGUGGGGCGACUCCGCCCCAACUUUUUAGCGGUGUGCAACGUGACGUACGAAUCGCUGAACUGCUCUCUGGGAGAUUACCUGGAUAAAGUGAAAUGCAACAACACCGAGAAAGAAGAAGAGGAGGCCAGGAAGUCCUUUUUCUCAGGCCACGCCUCUUUCGCCAUGUACACAAUGCUUUACCUUGCUUUCUACCUGCAGGCACGGUUCUCAUGGCGCGGGGCGAGACUGUUGAGGCCUCUGCUGCAGUUCCUGCUGGUGAUGUUAGCCGUGUACACCGGGCUCACCCGGAUCUCCGACUACCGCCAUCAUCCCUCUGACGUCCUCACCGGCUUCCUGCAGGGAGGAAUCACUGCAUACUGGGUGGCAUUCCACAUCUCCUCCAUGUUUAAAACCUGUCCUGCAGACCGCUCGCCCAGCUGCCUCCCCCUGGACAGCCCUCUGUCUCUGUCCAGCCGUCAGACAGAAUGCUAGCGUCCGUCCCCGGGACACACAGACACGUGGCGCUGCCUCGAUGUAGAACUGAACCCAUGGACAUGAGAGAGUCCUAGAGGAAGAGGAAGAGGAGAAUGUCCGGAGGAAGAAGCGGAAGAAUGUGUUGAUGUCCGUACUCACAUACACACGCCAACCCACUGCCUACGAGUCCUGCAUAAAUAAGAUAUAUGACACAGAUAUUAUUUUUUUUCUUGUCUUUUAUGUGAACUUUAUGUUUAUACUUUACUUUACAAAUCCAGUAAAUAUAUGUAGACGAAGCUGCUAAUAAUUGUAUUAUUCUGUAGUGACACUUACACAGGAGCCUCUGCGGAGGAGGAUCCACAGGUCAAUUGCCUGCAGCUUAUCGGAGCAAUGCCACUUUGACAGACUCUGGUUACAACCGACGCUGGGCUUCAUUUAACAAACUUCAUAGCGUUUCAAUUAUCCAUAAAUCGUUUCGCAGGAGCAUCGCCACAGGAAACGAGGUGUUCGGGGGGAAAAAUGGAUGUGCACCUCGAGCGGUCAUCUUCAAAUCUUAUAAUUAUCACGAAUUAUUAUCAUUUAAAUCGCUUAUUUAUUUCAGUUACACACUGAGUUUCAGGUUACAUUCAGACCAGAAAGCGAUUCCAAAAUAAAUGAAGACUUGCUGGUUAUUUAGGACAAAAGUAAUGGUGCCCUGUAACCUGUGAAAGGAGGGUGUGUGUGUGUGAUUAGUACACAACGCUCUCCUGUAGCUAAGCUGCAUUAACAGAAGAUUAAAGGAGGUGCUCGUCAACCAUUUAGUCAACAUUUUGUCCUCUUCAUGUUUUUACCUUUUAUGGAGUUUUGUGGGGGUGGCCAAAUGUCAAUGUUCUGUUAUAAUACAGUAAGACACUAAAAGUUUGAUCAAUGAGGCUCAGUGUAUAAGGGUGCAAAAAGCCCGUUACACACUUUUCUUUUCUUUUCUUUUCUUUUUUUUCUUUUCUUUUAUAUUUUGUCCUUAUUUUUAAUUCUUUUAAUUUUUUUAUUUUCUUUUACUUUUAUAUUUCGUCCUUAUUUUUUUAUUCUUUUAAUUUCUUCUUUUUUUCUUUUUGUUAAAUUUUUACCUUAUUUUACUUUUUUAAAUUUUCUUAACUUUUUUUGUACAUUUUUUUUUUUAUUUCUUUAAUUUUGUUUUCUUUUUUUAACUUUUAUAUUUCGUCUUUUUAAUAACAUUUUUUAAUUCUGUUAAUUUUUUCUAUUUUUGUUUUUUUAUUCUUUUUGUUGUAUUUUUACCCUUCACUUCUUCAGAAUUUAUUUGCUUUUUACAUUUACUUUGUGCAUUUUUUUCUUGAUUUCUUUACUUUUUUUUUCUUUUAUUAACUUCUUUCCCUUUGCCGUCUUUUUCUGUUUCAUUUUGUGCUUUUCAUUAUUGAUAUUAUCCACUAAUACAGUAAAGCUCAAUUAUGAGACAAGAGAUGUCUUUCUUUCUUUCUUUCUUUCUUUCUUUCUUUCUUUCUUUCUUUCUUUCUUUCUUUCUUUCUUUCUUCCUCAUUUCUUUGCGAGGCAACAGUGUGACUGAAAUGAGACGAGGCCGGUCUCGCUCCCUCUCUCUCUCUACCCCCCCCUCGCUCCCCCGCCUCUCUCCUCCUCCCUCUCCCCCUCUCUCUUUCUCACCUCUCUCUCUCUCUCUCUCUCUCUCUCUCUGUGUUGUCGAGCAGGCAGACCACUAAACCCUAGCGACCUGCUCGAACCGUUGGCACUUCAGCUGCAGGACUGAACUCAGAAACUUUAGCACAUGGUAUUUCAGUGGUCUCAUUUCAUCAGUGUUUAUUAUUUUAUCUCUUACUGUGGUCAGCCAAUCACCUUCUCCCAGUUGUACAAGGUGGUAAUUAUUCAUAAUACAAGUGUAUAUAAAUCAUUUUAUAAAGAAAGAAAGCUAUCCAGAGUUGGCAGACGUAUUAGCGCCAUCGUGUUUCUAUGUAUGUGUAUGUGAGAUGCUUCAUGUUGUAUAAAUAGUGACUGAGCCAGAGAUAUUGUAUUGUCAGAAAGUAUAUUAUAUGUUUAUAGUUUUAUAAACGGUUUUGUUUGUUUCGUUUGUUUUGUCUGUGAAAGCCCCUGAGGCGAAAAUAACCACUGUAUUAAUAAACCAAACCAAUAAAACGAAUGUGCAACUAUUA